GGAGACCUUGAAGCAUGAUUUAUUAACAGCAUGCUGUUUGCCUUUGUCACGUUGUGGAUGUGGCGGGGCAGCGCUGGCCCCGCUCCAGCCGGGACCACCCAGCGAGCGGAGCGCGGCUACCGGCACCGCGCAGCGCCCGCUCCGCAGGCUCGCCCGGUCCCAGCUCCAGCCGCCCCAGCAGCCUGCCCGUGCCACCCCGCCGGGGGAAACUGCCAGGACAGCAACAGCAACACCCCCCAAAAAAUAAUAUCCGGACAGACGGGCUGGCUGGGACGCGAGAAUUGCAAAAACAAUCCCCACCCCAUCACGGAGAGUGAGCUGAGCAAGGAGCAGGACGAUGUUUGACAACACGCAGUACCCCUAUAACUGCUUCAAUUACGAUGGGGAUGAUUAUCCUACCUGUAGUUCUGACGAAGAGAAAAAAUUCACCAGACCAGCAUACAGCUACAUUGCCUUAAUUGCAAUGGCCAUCCAGCAAAGCCCUUCAAAUAAAGUCACCCUCUCUGGCAUUUAUGACUUUAUAAUGAAGAAAUUUCCUUACUACAGAUCAAAUCAAAGAGCCUGGCAGAACUCCAUCCGACAUAACUUAUCGCUUAACAGUUGUUUUGUGAAGGUUCCCAGAACAGAAGGGAAUGAGAAGGGGAAAGGAAACUAUUGGAGCUUUGCAGCAGGAUGUGAAUCCAUGCUGGAUCUCUUUGAAAAUGGGAAUUACAGGAGAAGACGGAGGAGGAGGAAUGUGAAAAGGGAGCACAAGGAGCAGAGACCGAGCAGAGUGAAAAGUCCUUCGUCCCCCAAUACCUCUUCUGUAGACUCUGCUUUGAACAACGUUUCCUCUUCUGAAAGUAAACAUGAAAGAAUUGAACCGGGCCCAAAACUUCUGGAGCCUUGUGGGUUUGCUCCGAACAGCGUGACCAACAGGCAGAGCCUGAGCAAUUCCUCCUUAGCAAAAUCGGAUUCUGAAAUCAAAUUCAGCAUCGAUUACAUCCUUUCAGCCCCCGACCCUUUGCCUGUCCUGAGAUCUCAGUACAACAUGCAAGAAAAUAAAUAUCACCUCCUGGAGGCCCCGCAUAUUAAUCUCCAGUUCUGGACAAUGUGAUGUUAUUUAUUCGUGGUACCAAAGUCUGAGUCACAGUGUGUUCAGCAGCCUCCUGUCACUGAAAAUCAGCCGCCUGCCCCCUCAUUUUCCUCCCCAGAAAGGGUUACAGACUCACCACACCAGCUGAUGCCCUGUCUGUACCCAAGGAACUUUGCUAAGAUUAAAGCAUAAAUAGCUGUUACCAAUAUUGGUUUUCACCACGCUGAAAUUUAUGAAAUUCUAGCUUUAUUUUCUAAACUGUCUUGGACAUCAUUUAGUGCCACAAAGAAUUUCCUUUCUCAAGCAGAAUCCGAUAGAGAAGAGACUUGCUUAUCAUCCACUCCUUUAUUAAAGACAAAGUGAAUUUGAUCCCACUUUCAGUGGUGGAAAUUAGGAUUAACUCCACUGGAGUAUAUAGGUCAGAACUUAAGCUGAUCUAAAACAGUAUAAUUCUGUUGACUUACACUGGCUGGGAAUGUAGGGGGGUGAGGGGGUGGAAAUUUGUUUCUUAAAAGGAAUUACAGAAAAUCGCCCUGUCUUCCCUGUUUUUUUUUUUUUAACAUCUUAUUUCAAACUGUUUUGCAGCUUUAAUUCAUUGUUCAUUAGGAAACGUAGUUGGUAAAUAUUUCAAGUAUAUUUUUGUUUAUAUUCAGGGCAGAAUUGUUUAAAUUGUUGAAGUGAAGUUGUAUUCAAAUAAUUCCGAGAGACCUAAUUGCAAGGAUGCUGAACUCUGGUACUUUGAUGGGUAAUGUGACAGUCAAAGAGUCUCUUAAUGCCUUGGUUAAAAAAAACCCCAACACUUCUUCCCUUCUACUAUCAGAAAUCUUCCUGAGAUGCUGCAGAAAUGUCCUUAACCAUAUUUCAUUUAGCAAGUGUGAAGGGAAACCUGGCACUGUAAAAAUCUCUGUUGAGUGUGAAGCAAAGCUAAAAUUCCACCUACCUGCUCUGAGACAAGUUGUAUAUUCCCAUUAAACAGAUUUUUAUUAAUUCUUCUUGCAAGCAAUUACCAAAGUGGUGCUUGAUAUGAUUUCAGCUAAACUGGUGAGAUUUAUAAUUUCCAGGUAUCAGUGUUAGCUCAUGAGCUCCAUUUCUGAGAAAGCCACUUCAUUAUCAUUUACAUGCAGUGGGAUAUUUUGGAGCAGAACCUGAUGGACAAUGAUGAACUGUAACGAGCUUUUAAGAAGUUGCUUUUAUACAACUUGUUCACAAUGAUUUGCUUCCCAGAACAUAAACAGCAUUAGCAAAGGCUCCACAAAAUCCUGGCUUUCACUUGGCUAUUACAGUCUUCACCUACUGCAGAGAGAAGGAAAAAAAGACAAGAAUUCUGAUGGUUUUAAGCAAUUAAAUGCAGAGAUAAAAUUAUCUUUGCAACAGGAACUAAAGGUAAAUGAAGGUAUAUGAGAUAAGAUUCAGCAUAGAGGUAUGCUCAGGCAUGACUUGAAUUUUUAUGCAGAAGCUUUGACAUUUCACUAAGUUAUUUCACAUUGUGUCUAAUAUAUACUGUACAUUUAUACUAUAUAUUCUUAUAUAUUGUUAUUGAGAAAGGGAGCAAUAUCACUGCACUUAUAUGUUGUAAAAAUGCAUGAUGUAUGUUGUCAUGAUGCUGAAACUCCUGCCAUAUACUUAAAAUUUACCAUCGGUGGUAUUUCCCACUGAUUGGUAAUAAAUGCCCAUUUUUUGGAAAACCAUAAAACUUGUUCUCUUCAAGCAUUUCUACAGCAUGCAAAAGUCUUUGCUUCUUCUUCAGAAAAGAGAAAAUGGGAAAUCAUGUCAAUUACAUCACUGCAUGUCUUCCAAACUUUGGAGGGAUGAUUUCUUGAGGCAAAUUCUGCCUUCAAAUGGGAGCUUUUAAUUCUCUGUGAAUCAACAGUUAUUCUGGGGGGAAAUCUGAAAGCAAAAUUUGAUUCUUUGUACCUGAUUGAUCUGCUGUUUUCACUGAUAUUAGAAAAAGAAGAAAACCUCUGUGGGGGACUGCACAGAUGGAUUCUCAUUUGAAGAGGGAUGAGAAUUUGCUCUUUUAGUGUUUAUGCUCAGUGGUAAAUAGGUGUGGGAAGAGCAUGUCCUCACUUAGUGCUUCAGUGUUUGCAUGCACUCAUGGUGGGUGGGUACUUGUGCACCUCUGGGACCCUGCCUACAGAUAAAUAUUCCUGUUUGAUACACAGAUCUUUUUUUCCUGAUUGUUUUAACCAUGGCAAUGCUGCUGUUGGGCUGAUAGCUGUGGUACACACCUGCAGUAUAUUUGAAAUACAUAUUUUCUGCUGUGAAACAUGCAAAUAUGAUUGUUA